AUGGGGAAUGCCAAGAGCAGCGCCGUUUCCAAGGAGAUCCUGGAAGACCUGAAGCUCAGCACCAAGUUCACUGAGACGGAGAUCACCCAGUGGUACGAGAGCUUCCAGAAGUCGUGUCCCUCUGGACGUAUCACGCCCAAGGAGUUCGAGGUCAUCUACAGCCGCUUCUUCCCCGAGAGCAACGCCCAGACUUACGCGCAGCACGUCUUCCGUUCCUUCGACACCAACGACGACGGCACUCUGGACUUCAAGGAGUACAUAAUUGCGCUGCACCUGACGUCCACGGGCAAGACCACCAGGAAGCUGGAGUGGGCCUUCUCGCUGUUCGACAUGGACAAGAACGGAUACAUCACCAAGUCGGAAGUGACCGAGAUCUGCAGCGCUAUUUUCAAGCUAAUUCCCAAGGAUGAACAAGCUGAGCUGCCCAAUGACGAGAACACACCGGAGAAGAGGGCCAACAAACUCUGGACAUUCUUUGAGAAAGAAGACAAUGAGCGAGUUGCAGAAGGAGAGUUCAUCAAGGGUGUGAUGGACAAUGAGGAUGCGCUUCGCCUCAUUCAAUAUGAACCUGCCAACAAGUAA